CAUCAUAUCCUUCGCGAUCAAGCGGCUUUCGCUUCUGAGCAGGUACUGCGUCAGGUCGCAAGAAUGAACAGCGAGCUUGAGGAACACCUGAAAUUCCAUACUAAUCUUAAUAUUGGUGGAUGGUCUGCAUCUAACGAUAUAAUCAUUCGAGAGCUGCAGAGAAAUAUGAGGUGGAUUAAUAGCGAUCCUGUUUAUAAAGCGAAAAUCAAACUCCUUCGGCAGGCUAGACGUCCUAUUUUGUUAUGUUCGAUUUCACAAUGUGGGGAUCUCUGUCACAGAUGCCUGGGGGUCUACUAUCUACACCGCCCACCUAUACAACGCACUGCGCAAUGAGAAACUUCUAAAGAGACGAUGGAAUGGCAUGGACGUGGCCUAAAUUCUGUUACGUGAGGAAAGCUUCUACGUAGGAGGAUGGCCACGGAAUAAAGAAGGGUACUUAUAGGAAUUCUGUCUCCGGCUGGGAAUGGACGAAGCUUCAUUUAAGAAGCUAAUUCAAGGCUAACGGAGAUCUAAUGGUUUUGGAUCGGGUUCGGAGGCUUGAAAGAUAAAGGAUCGCAUUCCGGUAUUUUUAAAGUUUAAAAGCAGAUAUGCUGGGGAAGCAGAACGUGUGGACUGGACAACCGAGCAGAUAGACGCUAUUUGCUCUUUAAGCGAGUAUCAGCAGGUGGGGUCAGAAGAGGAAGAUAUUCUUCAAUUCCAUUUAAUCCCG